GGGGAUGUGUGGGGGGUGGGUUACCUUUUCAUAAAACAGGUUAGAAUGCUGCAGGGUUUGCCCAAGGAUGGCUAGUGAAAAUAGCUGAAUUGUGCUUUGCUGUGCUGCACGGUUUGCCCAAGGAUGGCUAGUGAAAAUAGCUGAAUUGUGCUUUGCUAUCUAACCUGUUUUUUAAGAAGGUCACUAUGCUCUAUCCCCUCUAAAAAUUGAAUUUUUGUGUUUCUCAAUUGAUGUACUUUCUCUUAAAAAUGGGUCAUUUUGGGGGGUAAGUUGCCCUUUAAACGAGCUUGCCAGUCCUUCAGGCCUCGGAGCAAGCAAGUCUGGAAAGAGCCGCCGUAAAUCACAGCAGAUUACGGUUCCUCAACAAUGCCGUGUAAGUAUAGUUUCUAGUGAGUUUAAAGUUUAAGUGUGAAAUAAAUUUAGCUCAUUUUGGUUUCGCCUUGAUAAUUUAAGAGUUUCUUGCUUCGAAACCAUGAGCCUACGAGGUGAGAAAUGUAAACAGACGCCAUGUGCUCUAAAAUUCUGCCUUCUUCGAAAGUAUUAAACCGUAUAUUUUUUCAGUUAGCACAAAUCAUUGUAGCUAAAAUUCAAAUAAUACGGUUGCAAUUCGCAUCUGUGUGGUUUUCCAGAUUUUUAGUUAUUUUAAAUAUCAAGAGUUUCUUGCUUCGAAAACAUGAGCCACAUGGUGUGAAAUGUAAACAGACGCCAUGUGCUCUAAAAUUCUGCCUUCGAAAGUAUUAAACCGUAUAUUUUUUCGGGUAGCACAAAUCAUUGUAGCUGAAAUUCAAAUACUACUGUUGUUAGUCACAUCUGUGUGGUUUUCUAGAAUUUUAGUUGUUUUGAAUAUCAAGAGGGCUUUUUAAUGCAUUGGUUAAUACAACACAUUUCUGAAGUUAAAAGUUUUGGCGGUUUUACAUUUUGAAAUAUUAUAUCGGAUAACAUGAGCCUACGAGGUGUGAAAUGUAAACAUAAGCCAUGUCCUCUAAAAUUCUGCCUUCUUCAAAAGUAACAUGUAAAAUCCUAUGGGACAUAAUGCUAAGGAAGGGAAACAAUUCUAACAUAUAUUCUGUUUAUGUCUUACAGCAAGGCUUUAGAACCAUGUAUAAUAAACUUAGAAAAGGAGACAACUUUGAGGGUUAUGUUUUAACUGAAAGUUAUGGGGCCAAAGAAAAUCAGGACAUUGUGGAAAAAGUUAUCCAAGCUGUAGAUGGUGAUAAUGGAGGAUGUGAUAAAUGCCCUUGGACUCAUGCCCAACUAAAAGCUGCUGGGGCAUCCUACUUUAAGUCCAGACGUGAUGCAAACUCGAGAGACAUGAAAAACAAUGCUGAUGAGCAUCGUAGGGUUUGCAGGAGACAGGGAAGGAUAAGAGAUAAAUUGCAAAGACAACUUGAUAUGUUAGAAAAAGUGAAUUGUGGACAGGAAAAAAGAGAAAAGCAUAGAGAAGUUUUGACUUUAGAGUAUACGAGCUCUGACGAGAGUGAUAUUUCUGAAGAUGAAGAUGGAAAGCCCCAACUGAAAUCUUAUCUUACGAAGAAGUUUCCAUGGGAAAGGACUUGUUUAAGAAAAACGAAAGAGCUGCUUGACCAGAAAUAUCUAGAUAGUCUCCCUAUGAGAUCUAGGCGUAGCAUGCUGCCAAGACGGAAGCACACAAUGUUCUCAACUAGGCCAAUCCCCAACAACCCCCAAGAAUGGGCAGUGCGUCAGGUUGUACCCAACAUUAGUACUUCAACUCCAUUGUAAGAUAUUU